UCUCAAACAAGCACCCCGUGCUUGGUAUGAACGACUGUCUAAAUUUCUUUUGGAAAAUGAUUUUGAAAGAGGAAAAAUAUAUAAAACUCGUUUUCUAAAAAUAAAGAAUCAAGCCCUUUUGGUCGCUCAAAUUUAUGUUGAUGAUAUUAUAUUUGGUGUUACUAAUGAUUCUCUUUGUGAUGAAUUUUUUUCUCUUAUGAGCUCCGAGUUCGAAAUGAGUAUGAUGGGAGAACUAAAUUUUUUCCUUGGUCUACAAAUCAAACAAACAAGCAAAGGAACCCGAAUAUCCCAACAAAAGUAUCUUAAGGAACUACUCAAGAAGUAUGGAGCAAGUGAAAGCAAAACAAUGACAACGCCCAUGGGGACAAUUGACAGGCUGGAUGCAGAUGAAAAGGGAACAAGCAUAGACCAAAAGAUGUACCGAGGAAUGAUCAGGUGACUUACUAAAUAGGAAAAGCACAUCUGGAACAGCUUACUCUCUAGGCCCUUGCUUGGUUUCGUGGAGUUCUAAGAAACAAAAUUCAGUUGCUCUUUCAACGGCCGAAGCUGAAUACGUAGCAGCCGCAUCAUGCUGUUCCCAAUCACUGUGGAUCAUGCAAUAAGUAAGCAACUACGGAAUUGCCUUAAAUUGCACGCCAAUUCUAUGUGACAAUACUAGUGCAAUUAGCAUCUCAAAAGAUCCGGUCAUGCAUUCUCGGACAAAACAUAUCCAUAUCCGUCACCAUUUUCUGAGAGAUUGCGUGGAGAAGGGGCUAAUCACAUUGAUAUAUUGUAAUACCGACAAGCAAAUCACCGACAUCUUUACAAAGCCCCUGAGAAGAGAAAGGUUUGAAUUAAUUAGACUUGAACUUGGUCUAAUUAAUGCUUGAAUUAUUUGCCUUACUUUUACAGCAUAAAACUAUCUAAUUGAUUACCUAUUUUCUUUAUUUUCUUUACCGAUUAAAGUUCAUGUCUUUUGAAUUUCGUUUAUACAUAUAGGUAAAUUUAUUGGGAAGGGAAAUAAAUCUUUUGAGUUAAUGAUCAUAUUCUGAAAAGUGAAGAAAAUCUUGUGAUCCGACUUCCCAUAAUCGGCG